AUGAUCGGACAGGACGCCGCCGCCAAACUACGACACACGCUCGAGAAGACGGAGGAGCUAGUCGUGGCACCGGGCGUGUAUGAUGGCUUCUCAGCUCGCAUCGCGCAUCAGGUUGGCUUCGACGCACUUUACAUGACUGGCGCAGGAACGUCGGCCUCACGCCUCGGCCACGCUGACCUCGGCAUUGCCACUCAGUCAGACAUGAUCGCACACGCAGGCAUGAUUGCAGGACUGGAUACUCGGGUACCAGUCAUCGCGGAUGCAGACACUGGCUAUGGAGGACCCAUCAUGGUCGCGCGCACCGUCGAGCUCUACGCCCGCGCCGGCGUGGCAGGCCUCCACAUCGAAGAUCAAGUCCAGACCAAACGGUGCGGGCACCUUGCAGGCAAGGAAUGCGUCUCACGCGAGAUCUUCGUCGCCCGUAUCGCCGCAGCGCGUGCCGCACGGGAACGUAUUGGAAGUCCUAUAGUCCUUAUUGCACGCACCGAUGCUCUUCAGAGCGAAGGAUACGAUGCCGCACUGGCGCGCUUACGCGCUGCGCGGGAUGCGGGCGCUGAUAUGGGCUUCCUUGAGGGCAUCACGAGUACCGGGGAGGCUAUACAGGCCAUCUGGGAUCUCGCGCCGUGGCCUCUGCUGCUCAAUAUGGUCGAGCACGGCGCGACGCCUACUAUAACUGUCGAAGAGGCGCGCAAGCUCGGCUUCCGCAUGGUCAUCUUCCCGUUCGCGUCGAUCGCGCCAGCGUAUGUGGCUAUUAAGGAAGGUCUGGAGAAGUUGAAGCAGACCGGGGUUGUUGGGGCGCCGGACUAUCUGAGCCCGAAGUUUGUCUUCGAGGUCUGUGGGUUGGAGGAGAGUAUGCGUAUUGACGCUGAAGCAGGUGGGGCAGCUUUCGGCGCCCCCGCAGGGUCUGGGGCAUGA